CUAGAACAUACAUAAAAUCUUGGGUUAAUACGGAUGUUUGUUGAGUUUAACACAGGGUUUACCACUAACUACUGAUAGAAAAUUCUAGAAAUGGGAUCCGGUUAGUAACAGUCCGCCUACAAAUGACAUGUUAGACAUAAAGGUUAUCUAGCACUUUCAUCCAAGAGACCAACACGCAAGCUUACAGUAUAUCGUUCAUGCUUUUAUUCUGAAAAUGACCGGAAGUCCUCCUGCUCCUCCCCCCGUGUGUCUCUGCUAGUGUCAGAGUCGUAGUAAACGGCCCAGUAAACGGAUACCGUAGUACGGACCCACACCCGAUAAUUAGUGACUCUGUUGGGGUUCAUAUCGCCACCAGGUAUCUUUUGUCCGGCGAAAAACACGGUUCCGGUUUUAACCCGAGGUACUGGCUUCAUGAUACCUACUGUCAGGACAAUGCAACUGCACCACUCAGCUACCUGCUAGCUAACAGGAUGCCACAGGAGAAGAAGCCUCCUGUUCUCAAGGAAUUUCUCAGAGCCAAUACGAAAGUGAAGCAUGGAGAUGUGGAAUUAGUCUGACCGUUCCAGGUUUCUAAAGAGCAACCGAGCGACUAGACUUUGGUGGCCUUCAACAAAAGAGCACAAUGGACCACCACACGGAGUGCUGCUUCUGUGACGCCGAUGAAAUAUAUGGUGGUCCAGAUGAACCGCCGCUCCAUAGUGUCCACCUGCCCAACCGGAUACGCCCAUCCUCGUACCGAGCCCUGAGGAGCGCUGUGUCCAGUCUGGCCCGCAUAGACGACUUCUUCUGUGAGAAGAUUGGUUCUGGUUUCUUCUCGGAGGUCUUUAAGGUGCAGCACCACAUCACAGGGCAGGUGAUGGCACUGAAAAUGAACACACUGGCCAGCAACAAAGCUAACAUGCUACGAGAGGUGCAGCUAAUGAAUAGACUCUCUCAUCCCAACAUCCUCAGGUUUCUUGGGGUUUGUGUCCAUGAAGGUCAACUUCACGCUCUGACUGAGUACAUAAAUGGAGGAAACCUGGAGCAGCUGCUGGACAGCGACCUGUUCCUGUCCUGGGGCGUCAGGAUCGGUCUGUCUCGGGACAUCGCCCGAGGGCUGCAGUACCUGCACAGCAAGGGCAUCUUCCACAGAGACCUCACCUCCAAGAACUGCUUGGUCCGCUGUGACAACGGUGUGUUCACUGCAGUGGUCGGGGACUUCGGCCUGGCAGAGAAGAUCCCUGAUUACAGUGAUGGUGUACAGAAGCAGCCAUUGGCUAUCGUGGGUUCACCCUAUUGGAUGGCUCCUGAGGUUCUGAGAGGGGAGCUGUACGACGAGAAGGUGGAUGUGUUUGCCUACGGGAUCAUUCUCUGUGAGAUCAUCGCCAGGAUUGAGGCUGAUCCUGACUUCCUACCCAGGACAGAGGACUUUGGUCUGGAUGUGGAUGCGUUUGAAAACCUGGUUGGUGACUGUCCUCCAGCUUUCUUCAGCCUGGCCGUCACCUGCUGUAACAUGUCUGCGGUGAGGCGUCCCACGUUCGCUGUGAUUGCUGCCACACUGGAGAGCAUGCAGACGGAGGACGAGGGGGAGAAGAGCAGUGGACGAGAGCUGACGUCGGUCAGUGUCAGCCCGUACCUGCGCCGCGGCUCUCCGUGUCAUCCUAACGACCAGCAGCCACUUGGCUUGGCCAGAAGUCAGUCGGACAUGUUGUCUCCAGACGCGCUGACUCCUCCUCUGCUGGGAACACCGGCCAGAGUCAACCCUUUCUCUCUGAGGCAGGACCUGAACGGAGGGCGGUGCAAACUCCUGGACACACCCAGCAAGUCCGUCAUCUCGCUGACCUUCACCCUCCCAGCACCUCACGACCCCUGUGUCUCCCCACACCUGCGCAGAGGGAUGCAGGGAAUGCGAGCUCCCAAGAGGAGGUGUCAGUCUCUUCCCUGCACCCCGGACCUCGGCCGGACUUUCACCUCUGCUAAAGACAACGAGGUGAAGGAGCAGGGUGAUGAGGAGGACGAGGGAGCGGUGCACGAUGACAAAAGACAGGAAACAGAGUUGUUGGUGAAGGUGAGGGAAAGGUUCCUGGAGGAGAAUUUGGACAUAAGUGAGAGGACGGAGCUGCUAAAGGACGAGGAAGUUCGGAGGGACUCGGGUUUUCCUGUUGAGCAGGAGUCGGUGUCUUUGGAGCGGCUGGAGGAGGAAGAAGAGGAGAAUGUUUGUCUAACAGAACCCAUGGACUGCACCAAGUCUCCAGAGCCAACAGAGGGGAUUUUGGACGCCACCCCCAGAAGACACUUGUCCACCUCCUCAUCUUUACGGACCAACGGCUGGCAACUUCCCAUUACUAACGGACCGCCCUCCUUUUCACCACCGCUGCUGGUUGACAACAAUAACAGUCCAGGGCUUGUGAUUGGACAGCAGGUGCAGAGGGGGGGUGGGGCAGUGCGGCCCAAUGGCUACAGGGGAGCCCAGGUCCUGUCCUCCGACCGUGGUGGACCCUCUGAGCAGGACGAGAUCCUGUCCUGUCCCAGCUGCUGCCUGCUGGGUCUGAGUUUCCCCUCGGCCUGCCUCCGUGGUUUGGCCGCCUUUCCUGCCGCACGCAGACGGGCUUCGUUGCCACGCCAACGACCCUACCUCAACCUCAACGGCACCAUCAGCGGCGGCAGCACUUUGUCGCCAACAGCUUCUGCCAGUGCGACCAAGACCCUGCUGUGCAGCAGCACAAACGGUCUGGUCGUGACCGGGUCUCUGGUUCCCCGUGAGCCUGGACGCUCACUGCCACAGGCCCAGACUUAAAAAACCAGGAGAGAAAACGAUCGGCUUCAAAUGUGUGACCUGCACCAGCGUGGAUGGAGAAACAGGCGCUCGCCCUCUGAAAUACCAACUCUACGUGACACAGUCACAGGAAAAAUAUGAAGACGUUUGUAAAAAGAAAAAAAAAAAGGCCAGUGGAGCUGAAAGGUCACAUGAUCUACAUUUUCUGACAGUAAUCGUUUUAACUUAAAAAACUAUUUCUAUUCUAACUUAGCAGUCAGCGUUGUCUCUCUGCUGCCUUGCAGUGGUUUCCCCCGGGACUGCAGGCUGAGGAGACAGACAUGACUGUGGUUUAAAAUGACGGUUCUGACCUUCUGUAGCUGAGCUAACACUAGAUGCAGGUUGAAUAUUUAUAAUAAUAUUUAUAAACUAAAUAAAGAUUUAACUACCUUUAUAUUUAUUUACACCUAUUUAUUUACAUUUUUAUAGCAGCUAAACUGUGUGUGUGUGUGAGUGAGAGAGAGUGAAGUUAACAGUUAACUGAGAGUCUGACCUUUGACCUCUUUACGCUGUCCCUUGAGUUUUUAGAAUCAAACCUUCAGGGUUUGUAUGAACGGUGCUCAUGUGUGCUGCUGGUGUUUUAUUUGUUCUACUGAGUCAACAAACCAAGACCAGACCACUAUAACGUUAAUAAUAGUAAGUUCUCCCAUUAAAGUAUAUUAGAGGAUUGGUCACAUUUGUCAUGUUGUAGGACAAAUAAGUGAUAUCUCUGAAAAUAACCAAACUGCUUCUCUACAUAUUCUUCAUCCAAGUCUCAACUUUCAUCAAGGUUGUUUUCACCUGAGAAUUCCCUGUUUGUAGAAUUCUUUGCACCAAGUCACAACCACCUGCUUUGACUUGAGUCAAGACCAAAGUUUCGUUUGGGAAAAGCAAAAAAAAAAAAAUCAAACAAAGUCGGAUCAAAUGUGUUUCUUCACAAAGAUCUGAUGAUAAGACCUGUCAAAGCUGUGUCUUCUGUUGAAGGUGUAACAGACCUGUCUUAAAACUUUUUGACUCACCCCAAACAAACCCAUGUGUGUGAUUUUUAAUUUGACAUAUUUUACUGGAGCUCCAGGAUCUGGUUGAAGUGGUGCCAAAAA